AGGCUCAUCGAAAUACAAGUGUCUCUUCAUCUUUUCUUUUUGCUUCAUUUCCCAGAAACCUUUGUUUCAUUCAUUUGCUUCGUGUGCGAUCGCGAGAAGAAGAAAAAAAACAAAAACAAAAACUAGGGUUUAGAACAUCCGUACACCCAUUGAUCAUUGAUCUAGGUUUGCUUUCUCUAUUCGAGUUUACUGUAAAGGACAUUGAUCAAAGGAACAAGACAUCAGUGGUAGGUUUUGUAAUUUGCAAGUAUGAGUUCAUCAUGGGCUGAUGUUUCUGAAUCGGAGAGACCACCACCAUCUGGUUGGGCUGGAGGUGGUUACGGAAACUCUCGUCCGUCGUAUGUUCCUCCGCAUCUUAGGAGCCGUCCACCAUCUUCAGACUUUGUGUCUGCUCCUUCAACUGGUGGUGAUCGUGGGGGAUACGGUGGUAGAGGAGGCCAAGGCUAUGGUGGUCGAGGAGGCUAUGUUGGUAGAGGAGGAGGUGGUGGUGGUUGGAAUAACAGAACUGGAGGUUAUGACCGUAGGGAUACUGAAACGAACCCGUUUGGUAACGAAGGGAAUGCAGAGCCGGCGGCUGUUAACGAGCUGGAGAACACAGGCAUCAACUUUGAAGCUUAUGAAGAUAUUCCCAUCGAGACGAGUGGGGAUAAUGUGCCACCUCCUGUUAAUACAUUUGCGGAGAUAGAUCUCGGAGAGGCUCUGAAUCUUAACAUCCAGAGGUGCAAGUACGUGAAGCCGACUCCUGUGCAGCGUAAUGCGAUCCCUAUUUUGGCUGCUGGGAGGGAUUUGAUGGCUUGUGCUCAGACAGGGUCUGGGAAGACAGCUGCGUUUUGCUUUCCGAUUAUUAGUGGGAUUAUGAAGGAGGGGGAGCAUGUUGAGAGACCGCGUGGUGUUCGGGGAGUCUAUCCACUUGCUGUUAUUCUCUCACCAACUAGGGAGUUAGCUUGCCAGAUACAUGAUGAAGCCAGAAAGUUCUCAUAUCAGACUGGUGUGAAAGUUGUGGUUGCUUAUGGAGGAACACCAGUCAACCAACAGAUAAGGGAGCUUGAAAGGGGAGUUGAUAUUCUUGUUGCAACACCCGGGAGGUUAAAUGAUUUGCUUGAGAGAGGUAGAGUCUCACUACAGAUGGUAAAAUACUUGGCACUUGAUGAGGCGGACAGGAUGCUGGACAUGGGUUUCGAACCACAAAUCAGGAAGAUUGUUCAGCAGAUGGACAUGCCUCCUCCCGGUGUCCGGCAGACGAUGUUGUUCAGUGCUACAUUUCCUAGAGAGAUACAGAGACUUGCAUCUGAUUUUCUUUCAAAUUACAUAUUUCUGGCUGUUGGAAGAGUGGGAUCAAGUACGGAGUUGAUUGUCCAAAGAGUAGAGUUUGUCAAUGAUUCUGAUAAAAGAAGUCAUCUGAUGGACCUUCUUCAUGCUCAGAGGGAGAAUGGUAACCAAGGAAAGCAAGCUUUGACUCUAGUAUUUGUGGAGACAAAGAAGGGAGCUGACUCGUUGGAGAAUUGGUUGUGCAUCAAUGGGUUCCCAGCUACAACCAUUCACGGUGAUAGGUCACAACAGGAAAGAGAAGUGGCGCUGAGAUCAUUCAAGACUGGAAGGACACCUAUUCUGGUUGCAACCGACGUGGCUGCACGUGGGCUUGACAUUCCACACGUUGCUCAUGUGGUUAACUUUGAUCUACCAAACGACAUCGACGACUAUGUCCACCGUAUUGGACGAACAGGACGUGCAGGCAAUUCAGGACUAGCAACUGCUUUCUUCAACGACAACAAUACAUCAUUGGCCAAACCACUCGCUGAACUAAUGCAAGAAGCAAACCAGGAGGUCCCUGACUGGCUGAGUCGGUAUGCAUCUCGUGCUUCAUCUGGAGGUGGUAAAAACCGGCGGUCUGGUGGUGGCCGGUUUGGAGGCCGUGACUUCAGGAGAGAAGGUGGUCCUGGUGGUGGCUAUGGAGGCGGUCCUGGUGGUGGCUAUGGAGGCGGUCCCGGUGGUGGCUAUGGAGGGGGUCCCGGUGGAGGCUACGGAGGCUACGGAGGGGGUCCCGGUGGUGGCUAUGGAGCAAUGCAUGGUGGAUAUGGAACUGUACCAGGUGGUGGAUAUGGAACGGUUUAUAUGCCUUAUGGUAGAGGAGGUGCUUACUAUGGUGGAGGAUAUGGAACUGUUCCUAACCAAGGGUAUGGCCCUGGAGUGGCUAGUGCUUGGGAAUAAGCUGUCUGUCCUUAUUUAUCUCUAUUGUUUCCCUAAUAGAGAGCAUCUAUGUUUAUUAUGUAGAAACGAGCGUUCACUGAAAGAAAGAAAAACUGCUAGUCUACUA